AUGGAGCUAAAACUCAGCAUUAUGGCAACUUCUCUAUUGCUUAUGUUAGCACAUGUUGCAAAUGCGGAUGCAGCCAUUUUUGACGUUACAAAGUAUGGUGCAAAGGCUGGUGGAGAAAUUAGUAAGGCUCUAACGAGUGCGUGGAAAGACGCAUGUGCAUCUACAAGUUCAAGCACAGUGAGCAUUCCAGCAGUGAAUUAUACGUUAAGUCCAGUGGUCCUGCAGGGUCCUUGCAAGGCUGCCAUCGGAGUCCAUGUCCAAGGCACCCUGAAGGCCCCUGCUGAUCCCAGUCAAUUCAAAACCGACGGAUGGGUUGUUUUCCAAUACAUUGAUCAGUUCACCCUGUCCGGUACCGGAACAUUUGAUGGCCAGGGUGCCAUGGCUUGGAAACAAAAUGAUUGUGCCAAAAAUAAGAAUUGCAGAACACCUCCGACUAAUAUAAGGUUCGACUUCCUCAACAAUACAUUGAUCCGCGACAUAACUUCCAAGGACAGCAAACAGUUUCAUAUUAACGUUUUGGGAUGUAACAAUGUGACUUUUGUACAUGUGACCAUCACUGCACCCGGAGAUAGUAUCAACACGGAUGGAAUCCACAUCGGGCGUGCAAGCGGUAUCAAUAUUACUGACGCACUCAUACAAACCGGAGAUGACUGCUUGUCCAUUGGCGAUGGGGGCCGACAGAUUCACGUCGAAAGAGUGACCUGUGGACCUGGCCAUGGCAUCAGUGUGGGAAGUCUUGGCAAGUACAAAAAUGAAGAGCCUGUGGUUGGAAUUACGGUUACGAAUUGCACCAUUAGCAACACAAUGAAUGGAGUGAGAGUAAAAACAUGGCGUGCUUCCCCCGUUGGCACUGCCUCUGAUAUGCAUUUCGAGAAUAUCGUCAUGGAAAAUGUCGGAAAUCCUAUCAUCAUUGAUCAAGAAUACUGCCCAUCUGGCAAUUGCAAUAAUCAGCCUCCGUCACAAGUUAAGAUCAGCAGAGUGAGCUUGAAAAACAUUCGAGGCACUUCGUCAACUCGGAUUGCAGUCAAGCUUGAUUGUAGCAAGAGUGUGCCAUGUGAAAAUGUGGAGGUAGGAGACAUUAAUUUGACAUAUAAAGGUCCUGGAGGUGAAGUUGCUGCUGCUACGUCGGAAUGUGAAAACGUUAAGCCAAAAACUUUUGGCACGCUGAAUCCAAAACUGUUCUCGAGCUCUGGCUAG